UUGCUAGCACCUCAAAACCAUCUAUCGAACAACAAAACGACGGAACCGAGGAUGUAAACAAGAUUGAAAACAGCAAUAAAGGCUUGUUUGUGAAGAUCAACAUGGAUGGAAUUCCAAUUGGAAGAAAAGUGGACUUGAAUGCUUAUGAUAACUAUGAAGAACUCUCUUUAGCUGUAGACAACCUUUUCAGAGGUCUUCUUUCUGCACAAAGAGAUCUGAAAACAGUGGAAGAGAAACUAGUGCUAACUGGUUUAUUAGAUGGGAGUGGUGAAUACACACUAGUUUAUGAAGACACUGAAGGAGAUAGGAUGCUUGUUGGUGAUGAUGUUCCAUGGAACAUGUUUGUAUCAACAGCAAAACGGUUGAGAGUUCUAAAGACAUCUGAUCUAUCUGGAUUAUCAUUGGGAGUUAUGAGCAGGAAAAGAACAGCACCUGAAAGCUGCACAAGAUGAGAAGAACACUCUGCUGCUGCUGCUGCUGCUGUUGUUAUUGUUGUGGUUGUUGUUUAUUAACACUUUGUUGUUGUGAGUUUAAAAUCUUGAUCUCUUUAUCUUGUUUCUGAGGGGUUGUUAGUGAGGGAAGGGAACAUCAGAUCAGCAUGUAAAUUUGCAAGCAAAUAGAUUAAUGUUCAAAUCCAGGAUUCUAGCAAGCAUUAUCCAGCAUCAGAUCCCUUUUGAUUUGUUUUAUGUCUCUAAAGAAGCAUAAAUUUGUACUUUUUUAAGUGAUCAAUCCUGUUUGUGCAUGUGAGAUGGUUCUUCA